AUGGAGGGGACAAAAGGGUAUGUUGUGAAUGGUGGGGAGAAUAGUAAUGGGAGCUCUAGCAAUGACAUUCAUAGGCUAUCUUCUCCCAGCCUCCCUCCACCUCCGCCGCCGUCGUCGUACCGGCAGCGUUUCGUCAAUGCUGGCGUGCCCGUGUCUUGUAAGAGGACUCUGGUUCGCCAUCCGUCUCUUGUGAAGACAUCUGCAUUUGACAUCUCUGUGGAAUCUGAAGUUAGCAUACGAACCCACCUCCCUGAUUAUACUCCUAUUGUCCGCUCGGGAGCUUUUUCGGAUAUUGGCUUUCGCUCAAGAAUGGAGGACGUCUAUGCAUGUAUUGAUGAUUUUACAAUUGAUAAUGGUCUCAGACAUGAUAUUGAUGGGCCUAACGCCUUCUAUGGGGUGUUUGAUGGGCAUGGAGGGAAACACGCUGCAGAUUUUGCAUGCCACCAUUUGCCGAGAUUCAUCAUUGAGGAUGAAGACUUUCCUAGAGAUAUAGAAAGGGUCAUUGCAUCUGCUUUUCAGCAGACUGAUAGUGCUUUUGCAGAGGCGUGCUUGCUUGAUGCUGGUCUUGCUUCUGGUACCACUGCUUUGGUUGCUUUAGUUAUGGGAAGGUUAUUGGUGGUGGCAAAUGCUGGAGACUGUCGGGCAGUGCUUUCUCGGCGUGGCAAAGCAGUUGAGAUGUCUCGCGAUCACAAACCAGGCUGCACCAUAGAACAGAAACGCAUCGAGGCAUCUGGAGGAUCUGUUGAUGAUGGCUACCUAAAUGGACAGCUCAAUGUUGCUCGGGCAAUAGGAGAUUGGCACAUGGAAGGGCUGAAAGCCCUGGAAGGUGGUCCGCUUAGUGCCGAGCCUGAGCUAAUAACCACAGAGCUGACAGAAGAUGAUGAAUUCCUCAUCAUAGCAUGUGAUGGAAUAUGGGAUGUGUUCAGGAGCCAAAAUGCAGUAGACUUUGCCCGGCGGAGGCUUCAGGAGCACAAUGAUCCAGUUGUCUGUAGCAAAGAUUUGGUUGAUGAAGCCCUAAAGAGGAAGAGUGGGGACAAUCUAUCUGCUGUUGUUGUUUGCUUUCAGGCUGGGCCACCCCCAAACUUGGUUGCCCCACGUUCUAGGGUGCAGAGGAGCUUCUCUGCCGAGGGCUUGAGGGAGCUGCAGAGCUUCUUGGAUGACUUGGCCAAUUGA